UUUCCUACUUUCUGCUAUCUGCUAUUACUAUAAAUCUCUUAAGAGAAUAAUGCUGUCAAAGUUCUACAUUCACUGUCUGAUCUUUUGUUGCCUAAGCAAUGUUCAACACGCCAUCGAACUUUCUGCUUGAUUAAAUGCAGCAAGACUUCAGCAGGUCUACUCUUCUCAGCAAAAGUUCUACCAUUACGCUCUUCUUCCCAUAGAUGGUAAACUGUAGCAGCCAUUGCUGCAAACAGGACUUUUGCAUUUUUCCACAAAAUCAGCAUAGACCUUUUCCAUUGGUUGUCUAUAUGAAAGUCUAUAGAUACCAAGCCAAUCAACCACAAGUUUCAAUAUAGACUGAGAAUAGUAGCAUUCAAAGAAAAGAUGACAAGAUGUUUCAGGCACAUUCUGACACAGAGGACAAUCUUGUACACCUUUUAACAGAUUCAUACGGGCCAACCUAUCCUUGGUUAAUAAUCUGUUUUUCCACAUCAACCAUAAUAUAAAGGAAUGCUAAGGAUUAUUGUACCUUGACCAUAUAAAAAAAAGCAGCUAGAAAGUUUUUAGUCUCCCCCAUUAGCCACUAGUAACCAGAAGACAGUGAGUAUCUUCCUGUUGAGCUGUGAUUCCAAUUCUGGCCUGUAAAUUCCUCUUUCACCUUCUCUUUUAGCUACAAAAUUCUCUUCCAAUGCCAGCUAGAACUCUAUUUGGGGGUGAUUUUCCAGAGGUCUCUUCCUUUGACAUAUUGCUCAUGGAUCCAUUUGAUCCAGAGGUUAUCAGCUUUUGCUGCAAUGUUCCACGCAUGUUUCAACAAAGCUGGCUCAUUCCAUUUUCCUGCAUCCUUAACAUUCAGUCCUCCUUUGCUCCUUCCCCUACAAACCUGAUCCCAGCUUACCAGAGACAGAGACCUACCACUUUCUCUUAUACCCCACAGAAAACAUUGACAUAAUCUAUUAAUUUGCAUGGUAACACUAUGGGGCAAAACAAAAACAGAAGCCCAAUAAUGGCUCAUAGCCACCAGCACAGAAUUAACUAGUUGUAAUCUACUUGAAUAACUAAGAAACUUAGAACUCCAACAUUCAAUUCUUCCUGCUAUCUGUUGAAUCAACAAGUCACAUUCAAACUGAUUCGACUUCCUUGGAGAAAUUAGAACCCCCAAAUAUUUCAUUGGGAAUGUACCAGUUCUGAAACUAGUAAUUAGACAGAUUUGCGCCUUCAAUUCCUUUGACACACCACCAAAAAACACUUCACACUUCGCAGGAUUGGCCACAGUCACAGCAGCAAAUUCAUUUAAAACAUCAACAAUCUUCUGAACUGUAUAUAGGUCAGCUUUGCAGAAGAUCAUUAGAUCUUCUGCAAAGCAAACAUUGGUAAGUCUCAUACCUUGGCACUAAGGAUGAAACUUGAACUGGGGAUCACUUGAUGCUUUCUUCAGAAGUCGGGUCAGAUACUCCAUCACCAAGACGAAAAGCAGCGGAUACAUCGGGUCUGCAUGCCCUAAACCAUGGUUGCCUUUGAAGAAGCCACAACUUUCUCCAUUCAGACUGAUAGUAUAUGAUGUAGUUCUUACACAUUCCAGGAUGAGCUGAGAGAAAGAGGUAGGGAAGCCAAAACGAUCCAGCAUCUCCGUAAAGAAACUCCACUCCACCGAAUCAUACGCUUUCUUCAAGUCAAUCUUGAGAAGGCAUCUGCCACUUAUGCUCUUCCUGCCAUACAACUUAAUCAAAUCUCGAGUCAGUAAGACAUUAUGCAAAAUAAGUCGGUUACUGACAAAAGCGCUUUAAUUGCUGUCAACCAUAUCAGCUAACACAUUUUUCAAUCAAUCACAAAUUAUUUUAGAGAUGCAUUUAUAGACCACAUUGCAACAUGCAAUGGGUCUAUAUUCUGCAGAACUCAAAGGAGUCUCAGUUUUCGGCAUCAAAGCCAAAGUUGUAGAAUUAAGUUGCUUCAGUAAUUCUCCUUUUUCAAAAAUUUCAAGAACAGCCUGAGUGAAAGUCUCCUUAAUAAUUAUCCAUGCUUCCUUGAAAAACCCACUUCUGUAGCCAUCAGGCCCCGGACUCUUUCAAUUAUGAAUACUCCAUAAGGUUUUUUAACUUCCUGAGGAGUAACUUUUUUUUUGUGUCAACAUCAACUGCUGUUCCCACUUCAACACUGGACCCUGCUGGAAUAUCUCCUUGUGAGGCUUGGACUCUAUUGUUUUGACCUAGCUGCUUCUGAAAGAAAUCUUUAAAGUGUUUGCGGACAAUCUGCCAGUUAGUAACUAGGUCACCUUCACUGUUCACUAUGGAGCAUAUCCUGUUCUGCAUAGUUCUUAUUCGCAUUCUGGCAUGAAAAAAGGAGCUAUUUGAAUCACCUAAUUUCAUCCAGCUCUCCUUUGCUUUUUGCAGCAAAGACUUUCCACUGCUCUGCUUGUCUCAAAAAAAGCUUGAAUCACCUAAUUUCCUCCAGCUCUCCUUUGCUUUUUGCUGCAAAAAACUUUCCACUGCUCUGCUUGUCUGAAAAAAAGCUCUACUAAGAUUCUUCUCUUCCUGUUGAGGUUGAACAUUGUCUCUAUCAGUUGCAACUCUUCCUGCACCUGCUGUAACUGCAUCAUAAUCCUCUGUACCUGCUUCUGAAUAUAUGAAAAUCUAGUCUUGUUUAAGGUUCGUAGCACUGGUUUUAGUCUUUUAAGUUUCUGCACCAACUGAAACAUAUAACUACCUCUUACAUGAAGCUCCCAAGACCCUUGUACCAAAUUAAGAAAAUCCUUAGCUUGGCUCCACAUAUUGAAAUACUUGAAAGGCCUGAUUCUUUCUCUUCUUUUCCCAUCCAUCUGUACAAGUAAAGGAGUGUGAUCCGAUACACCCUCUAGAAGAAUGGGGAAUGGAUUCUUUUCCGGUGAAGACGUCGGGGAAUGGAUUGACAGAAUGGGGCAUUUCUUCUUCUAAAAUUCAAUACCGUUUGACAAGGAAAUCUAUACGGCCGCAGUUUACUUGACCGAAGAGCCUCUGCAAUUCCUCUAUGGAUUGCAUUCCGUUUCACAGUUGUCGAAUUGGGAUAAGUUCGCGAAUCAAUUGGAGCUUAGAUUCGGGAAUUACAUUCGGCCAACCCUAAUAAUUAAUUUUUGGGAGGCUUCUACUGAGGAUGCUCCAGCCAUAGAGCCAACAGUCGAGGAAUGCCUAGGAUGUACUUUUGCUUUGGAAGAUGACGAAGGAGCUAAUUCACCGGUGGAGGAAUCCGCUGAAAUUCCGGCUGAUGUGCUCCAAGAAUUCGACUCUGAGAUGAGGGUAUUGGUUGAAAAUGGUAAUCUUCUAUUUCAAGACCUUGUAGAAUCUGUGAUUACUGUGAAUACUUUCUCGGAAUUGGAAAAUGAUUCCCUCCGUUUGGAUUAAAAGGAUUCGGGAAUUGAGGUUGUUGAGGGUAAAUUAGUGCACUCCAAUUAUGUAGAAGCUCCAAUUAAGAACUUGGCUAUGUUUGUUGGAAAUUUUAUGAUUACCGUUGAAGAUUGUUGUGAUCAAGAAUUGAAUGUUGUCAGUGAUAAGAAAACUGAAGGUUUUGAUUUGGGCUUAUGAUUUAUACGGGCUUUGGUAAGUUGUAUAUUAAUGUGGAUGCAUUUGGAUUUUUGGAUAUUGUCUUUGGCUGUGAAACUAAGGAAAUUCUAAAAUCAUGGGUACUACUGAUAUCCUGUUUUAGAGGGGGAACAAUGUUUGCUGAAAUGCUCGGAUUGGCAAUGGACUGGAGAUUAAAUAUGGUAUUUCUAGUAGAAAUGAGAGGAUGAAGGGUGCUGUAUAUUUUCUAAACACGUUAAAAGGGAAAUGGCCUAUUGUUGGUUCUUUCAAGUCUAGUGAAAUGGUAAACAUGAUCUGGAGUUUUCUUAAUUUUUCAAGGAUGUUUCAUAGCUACUUGAGGCAUUUUGUUCAUCUGUUGAGACUUUUGAAUGAUCUUGUGAAGUUGUUCUUUGAGAAUACUCCUGUUGAUAUCAUGCGUGCACUUCCUUUGGUUACUGAAGUUAAUUUUGCUCUAAUUAUAAGUUAAAUGGUGAUAGUUGAGCCAGAAAUGGUGAGAAAUGAUGAAUCUGAAAUCAAAAUCAAUGUUUGUGGAAAUUAUGUUCAGAAUAGAAGACAUUAUCUAAGUCCUUUUGCUAUUGAUUUUGGUGGAAUGGUUGCUUAUUUAGUUACUGAAACGAAGGAAGUUGAUUUCGAUUCAGGUGUUAGGUUGCAUGUGGCUUAUAUUGGUUUAAAGGAGGUCAAUGAUGAUGAUUUUCCAAAUUCAGAUAGAAGUAUUACUUUGUGUGAAGACGAUUCUAUGAAUUUGAAUGCUAAAAAGUUACAGGGGUUUGGUUAUUUUGGAGGAAUGGUUGUUGUUGUUUCGCCUGAAUCUUCUAUUUGUGUGAUUGAUGUUUUUGAACCUCUUGAUAAAAUUUUUGGUUGCAAAGAGUGAUUCGAAAGUUUGGGCUGAAAUGUUUACCUGUUUUUAAGGGAGGAACUAUUGAGAAAGUACUAAAUGUCUAUGAUGAGACUUUGAAUGAAGAGAACAAGGUUUGUCAAAAUUUCGGAAGCUGGUUUGAUGAUAGAUAUGAUUCUGAUUUUAGGAGAAAAAUUAAGGCCUCGUGUAUAAGUGAUUGUUGCUUAGUGAAAACUAGUAUGCUGUUAAAGAAGGGGAUGGAAAUUGAACUUGCUGAACUGAAAGUUUUUGUAUCAAAGAAACUUAUAUGGCUUGCACAUGUGAUCAAUUCUGAAUUUUUUAUAUUGUUGGUACACGUGAAUGAUUGGAAUGCUGCAGAUUGUACCCCUACCACAAUAUUCGAGUACAUUUUGGUUCAUAAUAGGGGAUUACAUUUAGAUUCAUCCAUUGUAGCAACUAUUGUCAUGAUUAUUCUUGAGAGAAAUACUGCAUUUUUUCUUGUAAGCAUUGCCUCGGGAGCAAGAGACGCAGAGCUGCAGCAACUAAAGUUAGCAAAAAGGUACUCUGAAAUUAAUGUUGAGUUUGAACUCUUUCUUUGGUUGCGGAUUGUAGUUGGCUACUCCUUACUCAACCUUGAGGACAAGGGAAAUUUUUAUGGGGAAGGAGUAGUUAGUAACGUUCUUUUGCAUGCUUCAAAGAUUCUUGAAUGUAGGCAUACUUGCAGCCUAAAUUAUUUUGGGACAAUUUCCUUUUUCUUGCUACUAUUUUCUCAUGGGAAGAAUAGAACUGAAGCAGAAUUUAAGUUAUUUACUCUGCAGCAAAUUUUAGCUGAUGGAGAUAAUGAGUAUCUUGAUCUGUCUAUUGCUGCAAAGAAUGAUGCUAGUGUUAGUUAUGUGCCUGAUAUGAUAUCUUGGUAUUGGGAUUCAGAGUGUUGGGUGUUUAAUGAAAAUUUCUAUGAUUUUACUGAGCUUGCGAGUUGUUCUGUGAAUUUAAGUCUUGCUGUUUGGAGUGACAUGGGGAGAUUUUGGCUUCAAGAAGCAACUAGUUUCAAAGGUGGAACCGAACUUCUGAAAAUGAAAGAUUGGAUUAAGAGGGCUACUUGUUUUGAAAGGUUAGUUACUGCGAGAGAAGUUAGUGUUGAAACUAUUUUAUUAACUAUUGAAGUAAAUUUUCUUGGGUUGAUUGCAUGGCACAUUCUAGAAGCAGUAAUUUGUUUGCAGAAAGAAGUGAAUGACCAGAGUCAUUUCAGGAAUGUUCUUCCGAAAGAUAUACAGUGGAUAAUCCUGAGAGUAUUAUUGCUCCAAUUUCAUAGUUUAUCUCGGGGCAGCACUAGUGUCUAUGUUGGAGCAGCCUAUUCCUUUGAGAUCCCUAAGAGAAAGUGCAAUGAUGUUUCUAUUCUGAAAGGAAAAUUCCACCUCCUUGCUGAAAGAGCGGUUGUCAAAGGAUGGGAUGUUGGAGAUCAAACGUUAAAAAGGUGUGGAAACAUUCUUGUUACUAUUUGGGUUCCGGGAAAAGUUACUGAAAUGAAGUAUGCUGGAAUGCCAUGUAAGGGCGCGAACACGGAACACCAACUCAGGACUCAAGUUGCUAACCUUUGUCUUAUACCCUGGGAAUUGAUCAUAGCAUGGAUACAAAAUGACUUGAGCUGUUGCAAAGCUGAAAAUGUAGUAUCAUUGCCACCGGUAAGGAUUACUAUCCUUGACCAUUCCAGCAGGAGUUUUGACAGAUAGUUUGCUAUACCUUGUGCCGAGUUCGUGGUUGUCCGAACUUGUCAAAAAUGGAACCUGAUGCUGGAAGACAACCAUAUCAGCAUUUUGCUUCCCAAAUCUUGGAUUGUAGCGGUAACUUCCUUCAAAUGAGGUACUAGAAUGAACUUUCAACUUAAGUGUGGUUUUAAACCAUGGGAUAAAAUAGUAACCAUCUUCUAAGGGGGCACACUGACCUUCCAUGAAAUUUGGCAGGGAAUCAACCUCAAAAUUUGUGUUCUAAUUUGCUGAUGUCUUGUUUAUUUAUAAGUCUUGGGGACAAGACUUGUUUAAGUGGAGGGGUUUGUCAUGUCCUUGGACUUAAUUGUAAGAAUUAGAAAUUAU